AUGGACUCAAGAUAUGCCAAUCCAUCUUUGGAUGAAGAUGAUUCAUAUGUCCUCCGCAAUCAACGUAUUUUACCAAGUAUCCCAACCACAUUCGAUGCUCGUACAAACUGGCCGAAAUGCAAUUCUAUCAAAAUGGUUCGUGAUCAGUCUAACUGUGGUUCGUGUUGGGCAUUUGGAGCAGCUGAAGUUAUCUCUGAUCGUAUAUGCAUUCAUUCAAAUGGAAAGGAACAACCUGUGAUUUCCGCUGAAGAUAUUCUCACUUGUUGUGGCAAAUCGUGUGGUAACGGAUGUCAAGGAGGACAAGGGUUGGAGGCUAUGAAAUUUUGGACAACUUACGGAGCAGUAACCGGAGGAGAUUAUAAAGGUGAUGGAUGUAAACCGUAUUCAUUUGCUCCAUGUAGUAAUUGUGUGGAGUCAAAGACAACACCUUCGUGUCAAAGUAAAUGUCAGUCCACGUAUACGGUAACAAACUAUAAAGGAGAUAAACAUUACGGUACUUCUGCUUACCGUCUCGAUACUUCUUCUAACGCCGUUCCAAUCAUCCAAAACGAGAUCUACCAGAAUGGACCUGUCGAAGUUGCAUACACUGUAUACGAUGAUUUCUACCAUUACAAAUCGGGAGUAUAUCAUCAUGUAACUGGAAAAGAUACAGGAGGUCACGCCGUAAAAAUCAUCGGAUGGGGAACCGAGAAAGGAGUCGAUUACUGGCUUGUCACCAACUCAUGGGGUACUUCUUUCGGAGAUAAAGGAUUUUUCAAGAUCAGAAGAGGAACGAACGAGUGUGGAAUCGAGUCGAAUGUGGUAGCUGGAAUGGCUAAAGUUGGAAAUGGAUCAGGAGAAAAUUCAUUUGGUUUUGUGGCUGGUUUAAUGAUGUUGAUUGUCUAUUAUUUUGUUUGA